UGCGCGCUCAGCCCGCCGCCGCGCCGGCCCUGGGGACGUGUUCUGGCUGCCUUAGCUGCGCCUGUGCUCUGAGAUGCGUGGCUGCCGGGUACCUGCCAGCUUCAGCUGCCAAGAUCAAAUAGUGGCAAAUUCAGCACUAGAACCACGUUCCUGUGGGACAUUUUCUCCCAGUUGUCUGUGUUUUCCAUGUUGGUUUAAAGAAGCAGUAAUUAAGAGUAAACAGCGUUAAUGGGGCUAAGAAAAUACAAUUUUGGUAAAUGAAACAUUCCGUUCUCAAAUCAUAUCCCUGGAUGCUAUAAUUCAAUACAUCUGUGGAGUUUAAGAAAGCCAUGGAGCUCAUCAGAGUAUAUCACUGAAGAAUAUGACGGCUGAAAACAAUUUUAAAAUGCUGAAGAUUCAACAGUGUGUAGUAGCCAACAAACUACCCAGGAAUAGGCCAUAUAUUUGCAAUAUUUGCUUCAAGCACUUUGAAACACCAUCAAAAUUAGCUAGACAUUAUCUUAUUCAUACUGGUCAAAAGCCAUUUGAAUGUGAAGUGUGUCAUAAAACUUUUAGGCAGCUGGUUCAUCUGGAAAGACAUCAAUUAACUCAUAAUCUGCCUUUUAAAUGUAAUAUUUGUCAACGGCACUUUAAAAAUCUGAAAACAUUUGUGAAGCACCAGCAGCUUCACAAUGAAACCUUUCAGAAUGAUGUUAAACAGGUCAGGAGAUUGACGGAGGCCAAGCAAGAAAAGCCAGUUUAUGGAGUAUAUCGAACUUUUACCACAGAGGAGAGAUGGACGUUACACCCAUGCUCUAAACCUGAUACCGCAUACAACCCUACGAGGAGAAGAAAAACCAUUCAUACGUGUACAAUCUGUGGUAAGAUGUUUCCGUCACAAUCAAAACUCGACCGGCAUACGCUUAUUCAUACUGGUCAGAGACCUUUUAAAUGUGUCCUGUGCAGCAAGUCUUUCCGACAGUCAACUCAUUUAAAAAUUCACCAACUCACCCAUUCAGAAGAAAGGCCUUUUCAGUGUUGUUUUUGUCAAAAAGGAUUUAAGAUUCAAAGCAAACUUCUGAAGCAUAAACAAAUCCAUACCAGGAAUAAGACUUUUCAGCCUCUUUCAUUAAAGAUCAAGAGUCCAGAAUUGUGCCCGCUACCUAAUAAAUUAAAUUCAAAGCAGGAUGGUUUUGAAAAUGGUGAUACGGGUGAAUCUGAGGAGAACAAUCCACUUGACGUCCACUCUAUUUAUAUCGUUCCUUUUCAGUGCCCAGAGUGUGAAGAAUGUUUUGAAUCAGAGCAGAUUCUCAACGAUCACAAGUGUUUUCCUGCCGGAGGUGGCAAAAUUCCAAGCAGGCUUAAAAGAAGCUACAACUAUAAAACCACUGUUAAAAAAAUCCUGGCCAAGCUUAAACAUGCCGGGGGUAAGAAAUUAGAUAACUCGCGAUCUGAGAAGAAAGUCCUUAAAACCAGUUUCUUGAAAAAUUGUGAUCUUACUUCUGGUGAACAGGGCUCCGAACAAACUCAGAAAAGAUUUAUGGGUUCUCUUGGCAAAUACGGAACACGUAAGACAGUUGGCAAUAAAAAGAAGAAAACAUUGACUUGGCCGUUUUCUUGGCAAAAGCAAUUCCAGACCCAAAAUGUGGGGAAAAAUUUGAAAGGUUUCUUCACAACACAAAGCUUGCUAACUAUGGAUAAUUCGGUAAAUAAUAAAGACAUGUCUGUCUGUGGUUCAUCAGGUGAGGAAUUCUUUGAUAAUUGUGAAAUGCUUCAGUGUGGUUUUUCAGUUCCAAGUGAAAACAUACAUGCUGGACAUAAAAUGUGUCCUUGCGACAAAUGUGAGAAAGUAUUUCCCUCUAUAUCCAAACUACAAAGACACUAUUUAAUUCACACUGGACAGAGGCCUUUUGGCUGUAAUGUCUGUGGGAAGUCUUUUAGACAGUCGGCUCACUUAAAAAGACAUAAACUAACUCAUAUUGAAAAGAUUCCUCAUAGACGAUCUCUUUGCCAAGUAGAAUUUGAAAAUUUGAACAAACUUUUCAGUCAUCCAGGUGAUAAUGUUAACUGUAACACUUCCCAACAAUAUCAGGCUCUUGGCUUCCAAAAAUAUGAGGUCUCAGAGUCAGACCAAAUGUCAGAAAUAAAAGUUAAGGCAGAAUCAGAGGAUUUCAUUCUUGGUACCCACUGUAGGAACAGACAGCCCUGUCUCUCCAGCACACGUCUGGAAUCGGAGCAGAGUCGUCACAGCCGUUGUAGCUCUUCGGGGCGUACUGAGAGGAAUGACGGCCUCCUUUACCAAUGCAGUGUUUGUUCUAAAAGUUUCAGAUCUCCAUCUAAACUGGAAAGACACUAUCUAAUUCAUGCAGGGCAGAAGCCAUUUGAAUGCUCAGUUUGUGGCAAAACAUUCAGACAGGCUCCUCACUGGAAGAGACAUCAACUUACUCACUUUAAAGAACGACCACAAGAGGAAAUGGUUGUCCUAAAUUCAGUCAUGUAGCUGAUGCAAUCACUAACACAUUUGUGGUCUGUGAUGAUCUUGUUUUUAAAACCUGUGUCAUUUAAGAUGGGUUGUUAUGAAAAGGCCUGCCUUAGAUUGAAUGAUUUUGUAGGCAGUUGCUUGUCUUGCAUGAUAACAUAAUAUACAGAAAAUUAGUACCAUACUCUAGGGAUAGCCAAAUUAACUUUUAGAGGGAAGAAUAUGGUUUAAUGCUGGAAAGUAACCAUUUAUUUUGUUUGGAUAUUAUAAGCAUAUACUUUGGCUAUAUGAAAGUGUUGUAAAUCCAUGAUGCUGUAUAAAUGACUCAGCCUCAUUCAUUUUUUAAAAAUUAUUCUGUAAGACAUGCCAUCUCCUUUAAGACAGACUCAGAAGAUUGAGAGGCAAAAAUUGGUUCUUACCUGCAGUUAAUAGCCCCACUGUGUUUCAUUUGCUUUAUGUUUAACAUGAAAGCAUAAUUUUGUCCACCUGCGGUGCAGAUUCCAGUGCAGACUUUCCUUCUUGAGUGAAAAAAUACAGAGAGGUAACAGACGUGAAAAUGGCUGAGAAAGUUACCGCACUAUUUUCAUUAGUGUCUUCAAAGCCGUUUAUGUUUAGGACUUGGUGGUUGUUUCAGCUUUUCCUCAGGUGAUGAGAAUUGUUUCGGGUUUUUUUUUUUUUUUUUUUUCUUUUUGCCCUCAAGCUGUGGUUGUCUUUCCCAAAAGAAUUUUAAAAGUAGGAUAGAGGCCAGGAUGUACCUGUUUAUUUGCCAUGUUCACUUGCCUGUAUAUUUUCCAAGUGCCAUAAUCGUCUUGUUAACAUGUAUGCAGUUUUAUCUUCUCAGAGGAAUAAAUCGUGGAUUUGCUUACUAAUAGUUGACAACAGUGGCAGCAGACUUAAGACUCUUCACCUGGAGACCUAAUCUCCAGAAGACUUUUACAUUGACUUUAGUAAAACAUUUCAUGCCUCUUUAAUUGAGUAGUCCUACGAUUUACCUAAGCCUUUAAUGUUAAGUUUGAUCAAAUAGCAGUGGUCCAGUUUUAGUUUUUAUUCUUGUAAUGCUAAAAAAAAAAAAAAAGUUGUUUUGACCCUUAUUAAAUUAUUGUUCCGUUAAUAGGGUAAUGAAUUAUUCCUGUGUAGAAAUAAGAUGUGCAUAUUAUUGAGGCUGUCAUUUUUCUGAACAGAGUUGGCAUGAUGUGGGAAAUUCUUAAUCCUGAGCCAUAAGGGAUUUAUCCCACAAACUGUCCUUCACGUUUGCCCUUCUUUGUAAAAUCUUUAAUUACAAUUUUCGGAAAUAACCAUGAUAUUUCUGCAAAAGGACAAAAAGAUGAGUUUUUAUCCUAAAAAAAAACAAAGCACGCUUAAAUAUGGUGAAAAACCCUAUUGAGAAUAUGGAUAAAUGAACAAAAUUUGGGGGUGGGUGGGGAGAUCUGUUUAUUAAUGCAAGUGAAUUCUAUGUGACCUGGGUUUAAUGUGCAGAGAUGAAAAAUGACAAUAAAGGUAAAAUGCCCAGUGAUGUGCAAAUGUGUUUUUUUUUUUAAAAGCAUUCGGAUAGAGACAUCCAGCUAAAGCAGAAGGUGAUUAAUUAUAUGCUUUACAGAAGAACUUCUCUUAGGUUUUCUAGAAAUGCGCCCCUCCAGUGCAGCAAGAUGAUGGUUUACAGGAUUUGCUUGAUGCAGAAAUUUCAGGAACACAUCUAUUGCAUCAAAACAAGAAGUGACUAGUUCAUUUUUCCAAGAAUGCUUACAUAAAUAUUCAAGUUUUUUUUUUUUCCUUAAUGUGUCUAAAAUUAUGUAUUUGGGUGUUUUCCUAAGCUAUUUAUGUAACUUUAUUUGAAGGAGUUGUCUUAUAUUCUAACAGUGUUGUGCUUGUAUGAUUCUGAGACUUUGUUUGCCUAAGUGAUACUACUAUACUUUUUUGUCCAUGCCUUUUUAUGCUGUUUCAUAUUGAAAGUUGGAAUAUUGUAAAAAUUUUGUCAAAGAUGUACUGUAGUGCUAUUUGAGUACCUGUAUCAAAAUACUCAUAACUUUAUUAUUAUUGCAAGCUUCUUGUGGAAACUUUAUAGGAAUAAAAAUAAACUGUACAUUCAUAUGAAGAAGAUUAAACAUUAGGUGUUAAAUAACAGUUUGCUGCAUGUUAGAACUGUUAGUAUUGUUAAAUCAAUUACGUUGAUUUCCUUAAAACACAAACUUUAUAUAAAUAUCUUUAAAGAGAACUAGAAGAAUUUUGUAUUUGGGUGCUUCCAGGCCAUAGCAUGACUAUUUACUGAAAUAGUUUGAUUGGCUGAGUUAGUGGAAUUACUGUCCCUUGUUUUGUACUGCAGUAGUGCCUACCAUUUUUGCGUGAAAAUGUGUCUGUUAAAGUGUAUCAUAGAUGGUGGUUAAAUCCUUGAAAAAUUCAAAUUUUAGAAUAUUUUUAAAAAUAAAGUUUCAAGUUACACAGUUUGGAUUUUUUUUUGGUUAAGCAAAAAAACCACAUAAUCCUGUACCGAAUGCCAGACAUUUCCCUGGGCCCACUCCAGUCCAUCUUCCACACACUGAACUUCCUGACAGGAAUAUAUUUUACUUCUGUUUCAGAUUAUAUUUCUUUGAUGGUCCCUUAUCACCUACAAAAGACUAUAUUAACUCCAUUGCAUAUCAUAUGAUCCGCUUGCCCAUUCGCCCUCUCUGGCUUUCCUCUCCAGAUUUGUACUGAAGACAUAUAGAAUCAGUUCUUCUAAUACAUAUGAUCAUUCUUGUUGCCUCUAUUUUGUCUGUUGUUUUGUGCCCUUGAGUCGAUUCUGACUUACAGCGACCCUGUAGAGCAGAGUAGACCUGCCCCACAGGGUUUCCUAGGCUGUAAAUCUUUAUGGGAACAGAUUUCCAUGUCUUCUCUCCCACAGAGCUACUGAUGGAUUCAAACCUCUGAUCUUUCGGUUAGCAGCUGAGAGCUUAACCAUUGCACCACCAGGCUCCUUCCGUCUUUUCCACCUUAUGUUAAAUUAGACACAGACUUUCAUACUCUGUUCCAAAAAGAUAUUUAGUUGAGUUGGGUUUUAUUCAUGUCUCUUGACUUCCAUAAUUAUAGGAGAAAACAGAAGUACCAGUGAUUUUCUUUUCACUUAAAACUGACCUGCAGAAAAUACAGAUUUCAAUUUACAUACCAUGUAAGACAACCAAUUAGAAUUGCAGACAUUUUUAGAACAUAGCAACAAUCUUUGAAGUCUGGGUAUCUUACAAGACCUUUUUUUGUUCGAAAUAACAUUUGGAAAGACUAUCAUAAGAUGCAGAAUGCUAUCUGCUUUCCAGAAGCUGCUGGGAAAGAAGGAAUCCCUAUCUUGUUGAGAUUUCUCCCAUUGCCAGUUAGAAGGGCUUAGAAUUUCAGUGCUAAGUGCUGGAAUUCCAUUAGAACUAAACAAAAGGAAAGAGAAAAUGGUAGAAUGGUAUUAAAUGGAAUAUGGAAUGUGCAAUAUUUUGCAUCUACUACUUUGGCAAACUUUUAUUCAUUCCUUGAAGUUUGUGCUUAAAUUCUACUUUAUCCAGAAGGCUUUCUGGUUUACCCACUCUCUGUGCUCCCACUACCUUUCGUUCAUAACUCCAUUAUCACUGCUCAUUUUCCCCCAGACCAGGGAUUUUCAGGCUUUUGUGUGCAUCAGAGUCACUUAGAGGGCUUAUUAGCUUACGGGCCCUCGCCCUCAGAGUUUCUGAUUAGGUGUCUGGGGUUAGGCUCAAAAUUCACAUUUAUAACAAGUUCUCAGGUGAUGCUGCAGCAGUGAGACUG